AUGUCAACAAAUAAAGAGCAUAUAUUUGUAGUUGGCGCUAGUGGAGCUAUUGGAAGUGGUGUUGUUCGUGGUCUUGUCAAAAAAGGAUUUAAUACAACAGCUUAUGUACGAGAUGAAUCUAAAGCAAAGAAUUUAUUCAAAGAUGAAAUUCUUACUGGGUGUUUAACAAUUGUCGUUGGUACCUACUCAUCUGUUGAAGUGUAUGAAAAAGCAAUCGAAGGACAUACUCGUCUUUUUCUUCUUGUUGUUGGCGAUUACAAGAGACCUACAGGAAUGAGCGAGGUUAAAGAAACGUUUGGAAAGAUAGCGUAUGAAAAAGGUGUACGUCAAAUUGUUGAUCUCUCAUCAUUUACUGUUCGUUCAUUGGGAAGACAAGGUAUUAUUGGAUAUAUGCAUACAACAAGUGAAGAGAAAUUAUGGAAACUUGCUGAUGAACGACCAAAUGAACGUUCGUUAGUCGUAUUACGUCCAAGUGUAUUUAUGAGCAAUCAACUUAUGAGUGAUAUACAAUCAGUUAAACAUGCAAAUAAGCUUGUCUCAUCUGGACCUCCUUCAUUGACGUUUGCAUGGAUUGAUACAAAAGGUGAGUAG